CUCCAGGUCAAGAGUGCGGAGCGCUACGUCAGGAAGGGUUUGGGCGAUCCACUGACGAAUUGAGCUCUACUCCUCGCCGCAGCACCCUUCUCAUCACCAUCAGCUUCUUCUCCUUCUUCUUCUUCUUCAUCCAACAGAACUUUUAAACAGCUCCCAAAGAGUUUUGUGUGUUCGAGUGCUUCCUAGUGAAAGAUGCAGCACGAUGAGGUCAUAUGGCAAGUUAUCAGACACAAUCACUGCAGCUUCAUGGCAAAGAUUGACACCGGAAUAUUUUGCCGGAAUCCAUAUAAUGUCACCGGCAUUUGUAACCGGAGCUCGUGCCCUCUCGCUAAUAGUCGCUAUGCUACAAUAAGGGAACACGAUGGGGUGUUCUAUCUUUACAUGAAAACAAUAGAAAGGGCUCACAUGCCAAACAAGUUGUGGGAAAGAGUUAAGCUGCCCAGGAAUUAUAUGCAGGCUCUUGAAAUAAUUGAUAAACAUUUGAUGUACUGGCCAAAGCUUCUUGUACACAAGACAAAACAAAGAUUCACUAAGUUGGUUUAUAUGCGAAUAAGGAUGAGGAAACUUGCUUUAAAAACUCGAGAAAAGAUAAUGACCACACCUAGAAAAGAGAUCAAGAGAGAGGCUCGUAGAGAGAAAAAGGCCGAAACGGCAGCCGUGCUGGAUAAGAGUAUUGAAAAUGAGCUGCUGGAACGGCUAAAUAGGGGAGUUUAUCCUGGCGAGAUUAUCAAUGCUAUCCCUAUUGAUAAGUACAAUGCAAUACUAGACAAAGAAGUCGUUGACAAUAAAGAAGUGGAAUAUGAGGUGGAGUAUGUUGAAGGAUAUGAAGAUCUUGAAGAGGAGGAUGAUAUAGAAGACUUUGGUGGGUUAGCAGUUAAAGAUGAUGAUGACGAUGAUGAAGAUGAUGAUGAUGAUGUUGUUAAUUUCAUAGAUGAAGAGGCUGUUGCAGUUCAUGAAAGAGGGGUUAAAAAGCAUAGACCAGGUUCAAGAAAGCAUAAGAGGGAUGAACCAAGUGCCAAUUCUAAGAGGAAAAGAGAAGUUCUUUAUGAGGUUGAACAUGAUGAUGCAAGUGAAAGACAAACUGCAGUCAUAUGAGAGCGCGUUUUUUGUCUUUCCUUUGUGCUUUGGGAUAUGGUUAGAAGAGCUGUGAAAACGUGCAUUUGGUCAUUUUGGUUUUGCUGCAGAUUCGGCAAUAUAUGGCCUAUAUUUGUCCUUCCUGUUUUAGUUUAUGUAUUCUUACAUAUAUAGACUUGAUUCUUAAUUACUUUUGUUGUUCGCUCGGAUUGUAAUUUUUAACAAAUUUACUGGUUUACUCUUCCCCUUCUGCUUGUUAUUUUGCUGAUGGUUUAUGACCUUUUAAUUUUAUUUUAGGGGUAAGAAUGUAAGAUGUGCACACCCAAAUCC